AGCUGAGCGGAAGAGUUUCAGAAAGCCGGCAGCAAAUCAGAUACAAAGGACUGAAACAGGAAACACAACAUUUUUUUCCUAUGCCUCAGCAUCCCACCAUGGACACCAGAUUUGGCACCCUGUGCACUGCUGUGGUGUUUGCUGUGUUCGUACGCUGGGUGGUCUCGCUGAACUCGUACUCAGGCAUGGGGAAACCUCCGAUGUAUGGAGACUACGAGGCACAGCGACACUGGAUGGAGAUAACUACCAACCUUCCUAUCAAGCAGUGGUAUUUCAAUGGCACGGACAAUGACCUGCUGUACUGGGGCCUGGACUACCCACCUCUGACUGCCUACCACAUGUGGCUCUGCGGAAAAGUUGCCGAAUGGAUCGACCCUGAUUGGACGUCUCUCUUCGCGUCCCGUGGAUACGAGAGCUACGAGCAUAAACUCUUCAUGAGAUACUCUGUACUGAUAGGAGAUGUAGUUAUUUACAUCCCUGCUGUCUUACUGUAUUGUUUCCUACAGAAGAAGUUUACCCACACACAGAAGGUACUGCUGAGCUGUGUGUUGCUGCUGUUUCCAGGCCUGAUCAUCAUUGACUACGGACAUUUCCAGUACAAUAGUAUUAGUCUAGGGCUAACACUGUGGGCUGUGAUAGCACUGAGUCAUCGGCAUGAAGUGCUAGGCUCAGCUGCGUUCAUGCUCGCUUUAUGCUACAAGCAGAUGUCUCUGUAUCAUGCGAUGCCCUUCUUCUGUUACCUACUGGGAAAGUGUUGGCAGCAGAGGUGGAAGAAAGGCUUCUUCUCCCUGUGUUGUAUUGGUGUAAGUGUGCUGGCAACAUUUGCCUUCGUCUGGAUGCCCUUUCUCUCAGAUAAAGACCUCUUCCUCCAAGUCGUUCACAGAAUCUUCCCCGUAGCUCGCGGCGUCUUUGAGGACAAGGUUUCCAACUUCUGGUGCAGUUUGUCUGUUGUGGUGAAGUUCCGUAAUUUCAUGUCCCACGAAGGCCUUUUGAAACUAUGCCUUGCUACAACCCUUCUCGGCCUAGUACCUUCCUCUCUGGACCUUUUAUUCCGUCCUUCUGGCAACAAAUUCAAGCUAGCCCUUGUAAACAGCUCUCUGGUUUUCUUUCUGUUUUCCUUCCAAGUUCAUGAGAAAUCUAUCCUCCUCCCAGCCCUGCCCGUCUGCCUCUUGUUGCCAUGGCGACCGUUUACCUCCACCUGGUUCCUCACCAUAGCAACCUUCAGCAUGCUUCCCUUAUUGGUCAAGGAUGGCCUCGUCAUUGCCACACUCAUAACCUCCAUACUCUUCAUCAUAGCUGUUGAAUUGGGGCUACAGGGGGUUUCUUCAGACCCCACAAUUGGCUGUCCUGUAUGCAUCUGGUCUUCUAAAAAUCUUCCCUGGCUCCCCCAUAGGGUGUUCUUCUAUGCGGUGAAGUCAGGGUUUUAUGCCUCUCUCAUGGGAGCUCUUUUCCUGGGUCUGUUAAGCGUUGUUGUCCCCCCACCAUCCUCACUACCAGACCUCUGGCCUGUGUUGAUAUCUGUGUAUAGCUGCUCACAUUUCAUAGGUUUCACCCUGUACUACCAUAUAGUACAACUCAUGACCACUGAUUCCAAGGAAACAGCUGCUCAGAAAACAAAGAAGACACAAUGAAAAAGAGCUGUAGCAUAAUGAUUGUACUGAUAGCUUAUUAAUUGUGAAGAAUAUAAUUUUUCUGAGGAUGAAUGCCUCAUAGUGAGAUAUGAAUUGAUUACUAUGGAUGAAGUUUUGUUGCUCAUUUCUUCAGGUCUGUUCCAAAUAGCAUUCUGCACCAUAAUAGACGUAAAAUUAAGUUUUUCAGGGUAUGAAAAUUUGCUAGUAAUUGUAUUGAACAAAAUGUGGUGCCAACAUUUUCAUUGAUAUAUUUUUGCUGCAUCUGUCAUUUAUGCCAAAUACAUGUAUGGCUUUCCCUUACUUACAAAAUAUACAGUACAUUGAUCCUUUUGAGUGUGAAAAAUGAUUUUUGGUGCAAUAUUACUUGAUUAAAGGCAGCUACAUGUACUGCAUUUAAAUGCAAUAAAAGGUUUAUUACUGAUCAUAUGGUUAUUUUAGAUGUAUGGCAGUUGUCACUUUUGAAAUAUUUUCCACACCAGCAAGACAUAUGUAUAUUUUGUCUGCCAUGUUUCCAAUAAGAAGCCUUGUGGUUUUAUUAAUCAUUCGUAAAUGGGUAAUAGAAGAAUGAUAUGAAUAUAUAUAUGGUAAUAGAAGUCAACAUGACCAACCACAUUAAUAGACCAGACAUGUUUUAUUUAAUGGAUAAAGAUUUACAAAAAAUAAUUCAAGUAGUAGGGACUGUUGAAGACUCUUUGCUUGCGAUUGUAUCCCUUUCACAAUUAUGACAAUAUGUUAAAUUCUACAUGUAUGUUUUUACUGUAAUGGGCUAAGGAAGUAUUGAAAACCCUCAAUUCUGAAUGUCAAUUUUGCAAUCAUCAUCAGCAGGUAAAAUGAUCUUGACUUCACCAAUUUAAUUUGUUGGUUCAUGGAUUUGCCUGCUUCAUUUUUUCUGAUUAAUAUUUAAAAAAAAACAUUUCAUCCUCUGAAUCUCUAAAUUUAACAUGCUCAUAUUUUGGCCCUAUUAUUUGAAGGAAAUCCCUUCUCUUCAUAGUUGUUACAUUUUUCCAUCUAUAAAUGCAGUGGUUUGAUUGAAAGGUUGAAAUUUUGCUUCUCAACAUGUGGUCUCUUUUUUCACCCCAUCCUGAUAACUGACUUCCCAAGAUUACAGCAAGCAUGUAAAAUAUGUUUACUGAUCAGUCCUAAAGAGCAUAUUUUCAGCUGCAAUUUCAUUAUGUCUUUAUGAUACACAUGUAUAGCUAUAUGUAUAUCUCACACCAGUUAUAAUUAUUGCAGUUCAUACUACAAGUAUUCUUUGAAUUCAAGGAUAAAAGCACUUUUAAUUUAUGUACCUACUCUAGAUAUGCCAGUAAAUUUGAUACACUAAAUAUCAUAAAGCUUACCAGACAUUGUAUGACUAGUGCUAAUAGUACUACUUAUAAUUCAUGAUUUGCAUGUCAUGCAUCAUUUUUUGACACCAAGAAUGGGUCUGUGCUAAAUAUCAAUACUAGUAGUCCUAAAACCCUAAGUGUAUCCCAGCAAAAUCCUAUGUGCUAGUACAUGUAUUAGGCCACACUGAUUUAAUUCUAUCGAUGACAUCCACAUUGAUUUUUGCC